CUUUAUCCAAGUAUAUGAUUGAAACUAUUCAAUUUUGACAGUACCUUCAUCUCAUCACGGUACAGAACAACAAGCCACUGACAUGAUACUGAGUUCAUAUCAAAAGUUACAUUUACACAUUGAGUAAAUCAUGUCUCAUCGACUGUGUGUAUAUAUGUGCAUAUUGCCAACGUCAACAAGCAACCAUUGCGUCGACUGCUCAGCGCUUUCAUGCAAUAUCAUAAUAUUGAGGAAAACCACUGUUUAAUUACAGCGUAAAAGCAUAUGUACAAAACUCAAACUAUUUUCUAUGGUGAAUACAUUCACAGAUUCGUGUAUUAUCUCUUUGAUGAUUCUCAACCCAUAAAACAAUCUUGUGCGAUUUAUGUUGCUGAAUUUAUAACAUUUGUUGGUUCAAUUGUUGAGGUCCAAUUGUACAAUUUGAAAGAACAUUAUCACUGUCAAGAUAUGAGGAAAGAUGAGUUGGUUCGAUACAUCAAGUUUUGCCAGUCUAGCCAAGACUGCGCUAAAAGAGGCGCAAAAAACCAUAGACAAAGCCUUAGAUAUCAAAGAUGAGGAGCAGCGUUCAGGAACAGUUUUGCCUCAAGACAGUACAUCCUCUUCAGAAGUUUUUGAUACUUGGGAAAUGGACAAAGAUAAACCAGUCGAAGAAUCUAAAUCAGUUUCGGAUCAGUCGCAAAGCACAAGUAUUUGGGGUAGCUUUACUGGCUCGUUUUUUGAAAAUCCAAAAGAUAUCAUGACUGCUGUUACAAACAAGACAGCUGAAGCUUUUAAAGGCUCUAUAGAAAGUUUAGAUGGGCAAACAGUUCUGAAGUCAUCAAAAUCUUUGCCAGAAAGUUUAUCUGUAAAAGAUGAAAAUGUACAAUCAUUGAAUAGUGGUGUUCAGUCUGUAUCAGAUUUAGAUUCUGCUUCAAUUAUAUCUAAGUCGGAAAGUAUAGAAGAAUAUACAGGUCAAGCAUCAAUAAGUCACAAUAUUUCUGGAAAUCAAAACAAUUCAACAAAAUUAUGUGAGCAGAAGAAUGAUAUAUACACAAGUGCCAAAUCAACAGAAGCAAAAAAACCUCAUGAUUCUGAUAUUAGUGAAACAAAUAAAAAAUAUGACGUUGUACUCAGACUAAAUGAAAAUCUAUCCAAUACCAUAACUAAUACUAGUCAUUCUGUACAUCGGUUGUCUGUACUAUCCAUUGAAAGCGAUAAAAGGAGUUCAGAGAGUGUAGAAAUUUUAAGUAUGCAAUCUGAUACAAAUACAGACUGUACAACUAGUCCAGAUUCUGAUAUGCAUUCAUUAAGUAUUUCUAUGGGUCAGAAAAUUCAUUCAGAAUCUGUGGAAGUCAUACCUGACAGUUUAACUUCACCAAGUUCUGUAGAAAUUUUAACUGAUUGGAAAAGUGAUGAAAGCCCUCAUGCUUCUCCCUUGGAAGAAAGACCUUUUGAAACAUCCACAACACCAAUAUCUGGUCAAAGUAUUGAGGUUGCAGCACUAAUUGAAUCAUCAAUUGAUGGAGAAGAUGUUAAAAGUUCAACUAGCACAUUAGUAGGUUCAAUACCAAUUACAGCUUCUAGGACCAGUUUAACAACUUCUAGAAAUAAAGAUGCAAGUGGCGAAGGAGAAGAUAUCGAUGAGGCGAGUUUAGCUGAUGAUUCCUACGCAUCUGGAUCAGAGAGUACAAUGUUAACAGUUCUUGAACCAGCGAAAGAUGAACAAAGUAUUUGUAAGAGUGCGGAAUCUUUAGAUUAUCCGCUUGACCAGAGUUUGGAUUCUUUGAAAGAUAGAAGUUUGACAAAUUUACAAUUAUCCAUCGAAGCGAUUACAUGUCAGCCGCAUUCAUCAACAAGCCCAUUUGAUCGUUUAAUAUCAUCGACUAUCGAGCCCUCGGAUUGUAAAUCUCAAAUCGAAGGACUAGAACGUAGCAGUACUAGCGAGCAGUACGCGAUGUUGACCGAUUCAAGCUGCGAAGAGACUUUAAUUGAAAGUAGCUCGGACGACAAUAAUGCAGCAAGCACUUUCGGUACUGUCAAACAGCCUUUGACAUCGAGUUCCUACGUCAAGUGUAUGCUCGCUGAAGCAAUGGCUGAUAAGAGCGAGCUCGAGAACGAAAAAGAUAGCUCGGUUUCUGCUAGGGAUAAUUCACCGAUUUCAUCAGAAAGCAGAUCGGAUUUGGUGAAAAUCGGCUCAGACCAGACAAGUGGACACACCAGCGGCGAUGAAAUCGAAACGACUACGUCGAGUGAUAUAGAGAUUAUAUCAAGGUACAGUCCGAAUGGGGACUCGAGCUCUACUCAAUCGCGUCAGAGCCCCGCUAAGCUGCCUUGCAGCUCAAAAACGACGGAUCUUCUAACGCGAACUCUAAAAACUCGAGGACAUUCACGUGAACUGAGCGAAAUAAGCGUUGGUUCGGACGACGCAAGUCUCGAAGUAGAAAGGUUGCUUCGUCGAGUUCGGGAAAUGACAGAACUUCUGGAAGCAAGGGAAUCUAAGCUAAUCGAAGUUAGUCGCGCGAAUAUGGAAUUGCACGAAAUUAACAGCAGCUUGAAAAAACAACUGGAUAGUUUUGAGAAAAAUGCUGAGCACAGUCAAGACAUAAGCCAGUUGACCGAUGAUUACACACAGAGAUUAUCAGCACUGGAGCGAAAAUUUCAGCAAGCCAUAAGGGAGAGGGACAGUUUGCGCAAGAGCUUAGAAAUCACAAAACAGGAGGCAGCUUCGAGACUGUCGGCUAAUGAGAUGUCCAGUAUCAACGCUGAAAAAGAUGAGAUGAUUCGAGAACUGAGAGAAGAAGGUGAAAAACUGAGCAAGCAACAGUUGACUCAUAGCAACAUCAUAAAAAAGCUUCGAGCCAAAGAAAAGGAGAGCGACGCCUUAAUUAAAAGUCAGAGUGAGCAAUUGGAAGAAAAAACUACUGAAUUAGAGCGGCUAAAACGAUCGUUAUACGCCAAAGAAGAAGUUGAAAGAAGUCAGAUUGAAGCUGUGCACACACUCACGGCCAAGUGUAAGAAGCAGGAAAAGGACAUUUUGAUCUUGAACGAAAAUUUAGAUCAUGUUACGAAUAAAAUGGAGGCAUAUAAGAGAAGCUUCGAAGCCGCAAAAUCGGAUUUGUUGGAAACGAAAGAAAAAUUAAAAGAAAAAGAGGAACAUCUUAAGCUUGCACUGGAAAAUGCUGAUGAAUCAAAUGAACGCGAACUUCAAAUUGUUGAAUUGAAAAAAAAAAUACGUGAAAUGGAAGAGGAAAACGUCAAGACAGAAGAAUUACAUCGUCAAGAGAAGCAAGAAAUUCUGAGGCGCUUAGAAGGCGCGGAAUCACGAAGCGAGGAUAUGGCUGAAUCUUUGGCUCAAACGACUCGUCCUUUGCUCCGCCAAAUUGAACAACUUCAAUCUAGUUUAACGCACAAAACAAAUUUGUACAUGAAACAGGAAGAAUCAAUGACCGAAAGAAUAAACGAAUUAGAGGUAAAAUUGGAAAAUAUCAUGGAGACGAAUCGGUCGUUGUCUGAAGAAUGUACGAAUCUUAAAUCAAAAUGUUCAGUUCUCGAAACUAAAUUGAACAGCAAAGAAAUUGAGAGAAGAAAAUUAGAGGAAACUAUCGAAGGAAUAAAAAAAGAAAGUGAUCAACUCGCAGAGGAAAAUAAAGUUCAUAAGCAAGCAAUGAAAAUGCUGGAAGAUGCGCACGCAGUUGAAAUUAAAGAACUAAAACGUGAAGUCAGCUCCUUGGAAAACAAAUUAUCGGUUGAAAAAGCCGCGACAGACGCUGAAAAACGUAAAGUUGCCGCUAUUGAGUACAACGCGAGCGUCGAAGAGCUACGAUUCAGUCCAACCUUAAGCAUAGGAAGAGACUCGGUGUGUAGUACAAGCAGUGUAUGGCCAACUGUCAACGAUUCAGUUUUCGAAAGUGGUUCUGGCAGAUUCUCUAAUGUAUACGAUAGUUACAGAACAGGAUCGAAUAGUACAUCUAUGUUGGAAAAUUUUCAAGCGCAACUAAAACAAAGAGAAGGAGAAGUACAUCAACUGCAAUGGGAUCUUUCAAGACGAACAACAGAGCGUGAUGCCCUUUCCACUGAAUUGUCAAAAUUGAGUCUUCAAGUUGAAAAUCUUCAACAAAAGGUUGUUGAUUUAGAUCGAAUAAAAGAGAAUCUUAAAGAUGUGCAAACUAAAUAUGAUGCAUUACUUCAAAUGUAUGGUGAAAAAGUAGAGGAAAAUGAAGAGCUUAGGCUGGAUCUUGAAGAUGUCAAAGAUAUGUACAAAACUCAAAUCGAUCAGUUGCUGAAACGAGAUCUUUGAAUUUAUCGUGAAAAAAAGCUUUAAGAGUGAAUUAUGUGUGUUACGGUGCGCAUAAAUGAGAAAGUGUCUAUAUUAAAAAGUGUGUAUUGUAAGCAUGUAAAAAACUUGAAAUUAAACAUUGUAUAUUUCAUGUGAUCGUGCGGUAUUAUAGUUUUUAGUAUUUUACAGAAAUUUAACGCAAAAACAUUAAAAAAAAAUAUAUAUCUAUAUAAGAAUUUUAGCUAGUUAUCGGCUUACAAAAUAAAACGUGCAUUAAGAUUUUUACAAAUACUAUUGAAAACAAAUCUAUGAAUUAGGAUAAUAUUCAUACGUUUCAAAAAAAAAUUUGUAUAAAUAUUAACUCGCCUAAUUUUUUAAAUUACUUGUUGCUAUUGAAAUAUCUCUUUGAGAAAUGUACCAAUGUAUUGUUUUGUUGACUGUUAUUAAUUUUUGUUAAAAAUGGAUCUAUAUUAUUCAUGUAGAACUUUUAUUUAAUGACUUUUGAGUUAUAUGUUACUGUGAUCUUGCUUCAUUGUCGUGAAUCGAAUUAUAAUUUAUUUUGUGUAUAAAAGUAAAAAAUAUUA